AUGGCAUCGCGGCAAAAGCGUGGUUUGACAGAAGACGAAAUUCUGCAACUUGUGUUUGACAGCGACGCCGAAAGUGACAUUUGUGAUGAUGAAGAUGUUUCAUUAGACGAUGGGGAGGAUCAAAGUGACGAAAGUAGUAGUGAUGAGGAGGAGGAAGAGAACGUGUGUGCAGCAGAAGAUUCGCUGGAUACUUUGCCGCCUUCUCCAAAGGCGCGAAAGAUGGAAGAAUGGCAAUGGAAAGAAGAUGACAGUGUGGAAAAUAUUGUCAAGCACUCCUUCAGCGGCCAGCCUGGCAUCAAGAGAUCCAUCGAGCUUCAAGUAGGUGGAAGUCCCACUGCUCUUGGAAUGUUCAAUGCGCUUCUACGAGUGGCGAUUUGGAGCAUCAUCGCGUUGCACACAAACGCCUUCGCACGCAAAAGGCAGCUUUUGCAUCCUGACUCCUCAUGGCAUGAAACAACCGCCGACGAAAUGAAAGCCUACUUCGCCUUGUGUGUGCUGAUGAGCGAAGUAAAGAAGAGUAGCAUUCAGUCCUACUGGUCGAUGAGGUCUGUUACCAGCAUACCAUUUUUUGCCACUGUGAUGUCAAGACAUCGUUUUUGGGCGCUGCCAGCGGUACCUGCAUUUCUGCAACAACAGCCUUCCCCAAAGUGA